GCCCCCUCCCCUGACUUCUCUAUCAAGAUCAAUAACACAAUCAUCAGUCCCUCCCCCCAUGCCAGGGUACUAGGUGUAAUCCUAGACUCCCAUCUGUCCUUCCAGCCCCAGGCCUCGACUAUUGUAACUCCCUCCUCAUCGCAGGCUAUCCCCCCUCCAGUCUAUCAUGAACACUGCUGCCAGACUCAUCCAGACUCAUCCACCUCACUAACCGUUCCAUAUCCGCCUCCCCUCUCUGUCAAUCCCUCCACUGACCUCCAUUCAGUGUCGUCCACCCCUUUCUAACAAUCCCUCCACUGGCUUCCCAUUCAGUGUCCUCCACUCCUCUCUGCAAAUCCCUCCACUGGCCUCCAUUCA